AUGGCUGGACGCGCUACCGGCAUCCGUCUGCCACAGAGCCUCGCAGAGCAAAUUGGUGCUGCCGAAGAUCGCAAUAGAGGCAGGCCGGGUCGUAAACCUCAAACCUCCCGCAAGGAUGCGCGCAAGCAGGCACGCGUAGAGAAGAAGCAGCGGAAGGCUUCACACUCUAGACAUCCCCAUCAUCUUGUAACUCCUCCCUCGGCCAGUAAUGCUGGCAAACGUAUCGCAGAGAAUGACCAUCCAGAGUCGCCACAACGGAAGAAAGCAAAGCUAUCGGACUCCGCACAACCUACGAAACACACACUCCAGGCCGCUUCAUUGUCUAAAGAUAACAAAACAACCGUUUCUUCCAAGAGCAAAAGCUCACCGGCUCGACCAAAAACUGCUUUGGAGAAGCUUGCGGCCCGAGCAGACCCUGUGUCUGUAUCGAGGUCCCAAGCCGAGAAGGAUGAUGAUGCGUAUAUCUCGUAUCUAGAGUCCAUGCUCGGAGGAGCUGGAGGUGGGAACAAAAACGGAAAGCAGAAGUCAAAAAGCUUCAAGGAUGAGUUCGACGAUGAUGGUUUGGGAGACCUCCUUACGGACCUGGAUAAUAUCGGUGCACCAACAUCUCAGCCCAUCCCUAAGUUCAGCAACCCAAGUGAAGAGUUAGAGCUAGAGAAGGCAUCGGUAGAUGAGCAGGACGAUAGCGAGAGCGAACAUGCUGAUGAAGAUGGGGAGGACGAAGAGCACAAUUGGAAGGGCCACGAUUCAUCUGCAGAGUCGGACAAUAGCAGUGAUGACGAGGAGGCUCCUAAACUGUUACCUGCUCCAUCAUCGUCAACUUCAGAACCAGUCCCUCCUUCACGUUAUAUACCUCCACACCUUCGCAAUAGAAUCCAGGACAGCGACAACUCGGAGGAUAUGGUCAAGUUGACGAGACAAUUCAAGGGCUUGCUGAACAGGAUGAGUGAACAGAAUAUUUCGACCAUUCUCGAUGACAUCGAGGAAGCCUAUAGAAAACACCGACGCCACGACAUCACUUCUUGUCUGACCACCUUGAUCAUCGAUGGAAUCUCUUCGCACUCUAUUCUUCUGGACUCGUAUGUCGUUCUACAUGCUGCAUUGGUAUCAAGCCUCCACAGGAUUGUUGGCGUUGAGUUCGGCGCGUCGUUCGUUCAAACGGUUGUCGCCACCUACGAAAAGCAUUAUGCCACUCUGCAGUCUCCGUCGGACAGUCAAGAUGAGCAAACAGAGGUCGAGGAGACCCGGGGAAAAGAGUGCUCAAACUUGAUCGUUCUGCUCUCCGAGCUAUAUAACUUCCAAGUGAUAUCUUGCGUGCUCAUUUACGACAUCAUCCGGAGUCUCUUGAACGACUUGAACGAGUUCAACGUCGAGUUGUUGCUCAAAUUAUUACGCAAUUCUGGCCAACAGCUCCGACAGGAUGAUCCAUCUGCACUGAAGGAUAUAAUCCAAAUAGUACAGAACAAGGUGGCCCAAAACCCAGCAUCGUCGAGUUCCAGGACUCGAUUCAUGAUCGAGACUCUCGUCAAUCUAAAAAACAACAAGUCGAAACGUGCCGCUACUCAACAUGCCGGCGGAGAUGCUGUAGAACGCUUGAAAAAGUUCCUCUCUGGUCUCGCUAAGAAACGCCAUCUGAUGGCCCACGAUCCCCUUCGCGUAUCACUAGCAGAUCUACACUCUGCGGAAAGCAGGGGAAAGUGGUGGCUCGUUGGUGCGGCGUGGGGUGGCGAUCCUUUAGCAGAACACCAAGAAAGCACCGCGACUGCCAAAACGCAGGCCAAUAACGGCACUCAAGACGAGCAAAGCAGCCCCACCGUCGUGACAGAGAACGCGCUGCUAAAAUUGGCUCGAAAGCAAGGAAUGAACACCGACAUUCGGCGGCGAAUCUUCAUGGUAUUAAUGAGCAGUGAUGAUUACAUGGACGCGUGUGAACGACUGACACAACUGGGCUUGACAGAGGUCCAGCAGCGGGAGAUCGUCCGUGUCAUUCUCCACUGCUGCGGCAAUGAGAAGGCGUAUAAUCCUUAUUACACAUUCAUCUUCCAACACCUCUGCCGAUCGUCGCACUCGUACAAAGUGACCCUGCAAUUCUGUCUCUGGGAUUUCCUUCGCGAUCUAGGUGAGACGAACGUAGGUGGGGCGGAGGUCAUCAAGAGUCUCAAGGAUGAGGAUGGCCUGGGCGGUGGGUUUGGAGUGAAGAGCGUAUCUGCGACAAGAUCAAGAAAUGUAGCCUUGGCUUAUGCGUGGCUCAUCGCCAAGGAUGCUAUCACUCUGGCCGUCUUGAAGCCUGUCGACUUUACCGUCAUCAAACCCCAGACCCAUACAUUCCUCCGAGAGUUCUUCACGGCACUCUUCCUUAGCACUCAGUCUUCACGGCCUGUUCUCAGUCUAAAACCUAAUGAAUGGCCCAAGACCAAAGACAGACGGUCGUUGGAGGAAGUAUUCAUCAAGGUGGCAAGAAUUCAGGCGCUUGCGAUGGGUCUUAUAUACUUCCUGGCUGAUGCCUUCGGAGAAGGAGCCGGACUCAGAGCAAGAGCCCUAGAGAGUGCAGGCGGGGAUCAUGAUGAAGGUGGCUUUUUGAGAUGGGCAAGUCAAAAUGCGGUCGAUACGCUGAGGACGGGCAUGGAUGUCGUUUCUUCUUUGUAGACGGAGCUGAAUUGCUACGCCG